UUUGUAGUUAUAGAAGACUCCGUUAAAUUCCGCGAAACAGAGAGAGAACGGGGAAAAGGCAUGUAAACAACAAAAUUAGCACUCUCUGUGUCUCUCUGGGAAGCUCUAGAAUCUGCGAGUCAGCAGUCAGCACCUCUGUAUAUUGUUCUUUCCACUCCCUUCUCUUCACUUCGCUACAACUUCAAACACCUCUCCUUCCUCAUUUGAGUAUUCCCAAGAAGGUCUCUUUGAGUUUUAGGAAUGGCUGAACCAGCAUACCUUGUGGCAUCUGACAGCGAAACAACUGGAGAGGAAAAGUCUUCGUCUCCUUUUCCAGAUAUUGCUAUCGGAAUCGACAUUGGCACUUCUCAAUGCAGUGUUGCAGUUUGGAGUGGCUCUCAGGUGGAACUUGUGAGGAACACCCGAAACCAGAAGUUGAUGCGGUCAUAUGUUACCUUCAAAGACGAGAUUCCUGCAGGAGGUGUAAGCAAUCAACUGGCUCACGAGUAUGAGAUGCUGUCCGGUGCUGCGAUCUUUAAUAUGAAGCGUCUCAUUGGUAGAGUUGAUACAGACCCUGUUGUUCAUGCAAGCAAAAGCCUCCCGUUUCUAGUCCAGACCUUAAACAUUGGUGUCAGGCCAUUUAUUGCUGCACUGGUGAAGAACAUGUGGAGGUCAACUACUCCCGAAGAAGUUCUUGCAAUAUUUCUGGUAGAACUAAGAGCAAUGGCUGAAGUUCAGCUGAAGCGUCCUGUGCGUAAUGUUGUCUUGACCAUUCCAGUAUCAUUUAGUCGAUUCCAAAUAACUCGAAUUGAAAGAGCGUGUGCCAUGGCUGGUCUUCAAGUUCUGAGGUUGAUGCCUGAACCAACUGCAGUUGCCCUGUUAUACGCACAGCAACAGCAGCAGAGUGUACAUGAGAAUAUGGGCAGUGGAAGCGAAAAAAUUGCACUUAUAUUCAACAUGGGAGCUGGAUUUUGUGAUGUUGCUGUAACUGCCACUGCCGGAGGAGUUUCACAGAUAAAAGCCUUGGCAGGGACUGCUCUAGGGGGUGAAGACAUACUUCUAAACAUGAUGCGCCACCUCUUACCUGAUAUGGAUACCCACUUCUCGACCCGUGGAAUUGAUGAGAUAAGGAGAAUGGGGUUGCUUCGAGUUGCCACACAAGAUGCUAUCCACAAACUCUCCUCACAGUCCAGCGUUCAAAUUGAUGUUGACUUGGGAAAUGGAAGAAAAAUUUCCAAGGCUCUUGGUAGGGAAGAAUUUGAGGAUGUGAACUGGGAAAUUUUUGAAAAAUGUGAGAGUCUAAUCAAACAGUGCUUGCAUGAUGCAAAGGUAGAAGUGGAGGAUAUAAGUGAUGUAAUUCUCGUUGGUGGUUGCUCAAAUAUUCCAAAGCUGAGAAACAUCAUUACCGGUGUUUGUAAAAGAGAGAUCUACAAUGGUAUCAACCCAUUGGAGGCUGCAGUGCGAGGGGCAGCACUAGAAGGAGCAGUGGCUUCUGGAGUUAACGAUCCAUUUGGGAGUUUAGACCUUCUAACCAUUCAAGCAACCCCCCUGAGCAUUGGGGUAAGAGCAGAUGGAAACAGCUUUGUACCUAUUAUACAUCAAAAUACCACAAUGCCUGUCAGAAGAGACGUGAUCUUCACGACUGUGCAUGAUAACCAAGCUGAAGCUCUAAUUAUUGUCUACGAGGGUGACGAGAAAGCAAUGGAAAAGAACCAUCUCUUAGGCUAUUUCAAGAUCACUGGGAUACCCCCAGCUCUAAAAGGUGUUCCAGAAAUUAAUGUGUGCAUGGACAUUGAUGCAUCAAAUGUUCUAAGAGUUUUUGCAGGGGUCGUGAUGCCCGGUGUCCAAAAUCCUGCUGGUCCCGUCAUGGAAGUUAGGAUGCCAACCGUCGAUGAUGGGCAUGGUUGGUGUGCUGAAGCUCUUAACAGAACUUACGGGUCUACUCUGGAUUUGGUGACAGUGCAAAAGAAAGGAGCACAUUGAGAUACAUAGGAAAUGUGUCGUAUCAAUACUCGGAUGUUGUUCUAUCAGUCAAUAAUUUUAAUCCCAGUUGAAAACAAUAUGCCGUCUUGUACAUUCUCAAGUUUGUAUACUCUUGUGACAGAACAAUCUUGUGUCAGCCUUUCUAGAACAUGUGGUUCUUUGGAGGUAAUGGUUGUCCUACUUUCUCAGUAAAGUUCCUUCGACUGUGGUGUUCUGCUUUUCAAA